GUGGAAAGAAUAAAAGGUAAGAUGCCAGCGCUCUUUCUCUCUAUUCAUCAACGACCAACCAAUACUCUGUCUCACCAUGACCUACAUUGCAUACGGGGUCGUGGCUUUGGUUCUCUGGGUUGUUGGGCGUUGCGUAUACAAUAUCUUCGUCCACCCUCUACGGAAUAUCCCGGGCCCUUUCCUUGCUAAGAUCUCACGAUGGUGGCUUCUUACCCUGGAGAUGAGGGGAAAUCCUCAUGUUGAGAUUCUCGAGUUGCACCAGAAAUACGGGCCAAUAUUGAGGAUCUCACCCGGAGAAGUCUCAUUCAAUGAUAUAGAGGCAUCUGGCGUCAUCUACGCACAAACAUCCAAGUUCGAAAAAGCCGAGUACUUUUAUCGCGCAUUUGAAGACCAAGCCCCCAAUGUCUUCACCAUGCGCGACCGGCAACAACAUGCACAUGACAAGAAACUCAUGUCCCAUGCCUUCUCGCGGGCCAAUAUCGUCCAGCACUGUGCGUCAAUCUACGACAAGGCAGCGUGUCUGAUGGAUCGCAUUACGCAGCGGGUAAAGGACGGCCGGACAAUCCCGCUCUUCCCCGCCUUCCGCUGCAUGACAUUGGACACCAUCUCCGAGUUCGCCUUUGGAAAGUCGACCGGUGCGCUGGAGCUGGAGGACUUCGAGUCGACCGUCUUCGACGCCAUUGACAAAUCUAUUCGCACAGUCCCCUUUUUCCAACAUUUUCCGAUCCUUCGAGAAGCUCUGCGAUGGGCAACUUACUACAAUAUAAGUGCUGUUCCCAAUGGCUUCCUUGCGUUGGGACAGGCCGCCGAAGCGGCGUUCGACGAGAUGCAUACGAUGGGUACCUGGACCAUGUUUCAAAACAUGAUCUCGUCCUCGGAGAAGACAUCCACCAAGCUGACAAAAGAGCACCUCGUCUCCGAAGCCAUCUUGAUGUUUGUGGCAGGGACAGACACAACGGCUGCGGCGUUAGCGGUCACCCUGCAUCGUCUUCUGCAGGACCCUGUGGCAUAUCGAAGGCUCCAAGAGGAAGUCCAGGCUGUUAUGCCCUCGCUUGACAGCAGACCCCCAAUCCAGGAUCUCGAUGCUCUGCCUUUUCUCGACGCCUGCGUAAAGGAAGGCCUUCGGAUCACUUGCCCGAGUCGUGUCCGACUUCCACGAUCCGUCCCAGAGGGUGGAUGGACGUUCAAGGGUCAUUAUUUCCCACCGAAAACAAUCGUCAGCCUUUCCCCCCUGUUUUUCCUGUACAACGACACUGUCUUUCCGUCUCCGGAAAGUUUCAACCCUUCGCGAUGGUUAGUCGACGAUGACCAGAAACGACAGUUGAUGUCCUAUUUUCACCCAUUCUCGCGAGGAAGUCGACAAUGUAUUGGACAGAACCUGUCACUCAUUGAACAAAAGAUUGUGCUGUCGAUGUUAGUGCGACGGUUUAACCCCAGAGAGGUGUUAAAGAAGAACAUCAGCAUGCAGGAAGCUAUCACUGCCCAGAUCAAGGAUCCUGUAGAGGUUAGGAUGGAACUUGCCACAGACUGACAAACUGGCGCAGUCGCGAGGGUAUUAUUAGUGUAAAUGAUAUGUUCAAAGAUAAUCGUAAACGCCAGUCUAGUUUCCCAGUCCCAGUCAUUGGUUCCCUGAUAUGGACAUAUGAUCACCAUGAUGCAUUUCAAAGCCAUUGGGUAAUUGCGAAGCAUGUGCAACAUCCGACAGACUAGGCGCAAGACCCAAUGACACCUCCGAACCAAACAACCCCGGCUCCAUGAGCUGCCACGCCCACGCACUGGAUGGGGAUAACGAGAAUGACGCAGGCGUAAAUCCAGCUCCAUGAA